UUGGUGAGCAGCAGUCGGUACCCAGACCAAUGGAUUGUCCCGGGAGGAGGAAUGGAGCCAGAGGAGGAACCUGGUGGUGCUGCCGUCAGGGAAGUUUAUGAAGAGGCUGGAGUCAAAGGAAAAUUAGGCAGACUCCUGGGCAUAUUUGAGCAGAACCAAGACCGAAAGCACAGAACGUAUGUGUAUGUUCUUACUGUCACUGAAAUAUUAGAAGAUUGGGAAGAUUCUGUUAAUAUAGGAAGGAAGAGAGAAUGGUUCAAAGUAGAAGAUGCCAUCAAAGUUCUCCAGUGUCAUAAGCCUGUACAUGCAGAGUAUCUGGAAAAACUAAAGCUGGGUUGUUCUCCAACCAAUGGAAAUUCCACGGUCCCUUCCCUUCCAGAUAACAACACCUUGUUUGUGACUGCUGCACAGACCUCUGGGUUGCCAUCCAGUGUAAGAUAGAGAGAAUGGGGAGGGCCUCCCAUGUGCAGUCUCACGGGGAGAGGUCUGUAUUUUCCUUGGCAAACAUCUGAAUGACGCCUGCAAACUGUCUGAAUUUGCCAUGCAGGAUUUUCAAACAAUUUGCAUGUUUUUCAGAUGUUU